AUGUCCGAAUCAAAGGCAGUCACAAGAGCGGACACGCUCCCGGCGUCCCAGGUCGACUCUGCCCAGGCGCUGGCUGCUACCAAAGCGCUCCUGGCGUACAUUAAGAAGUCCGCCGCCGACGAGGUCGCCCAGACGGGCAAGCGUAACCUGCUUGCGGACGACGGCGAGGAGGACGGCGCGGCCGCGGGCGCCGGCGAGACGCCCAUCUGGCUCACCAUCAGCACCAAGCGCCACAUCAUCGACACCAACCGGCUGCAGCCUCAUACCAUCACCGUGCCCCAUGCCCUCAACAGCGACGACGACGCCACCAUCUGCCUCAUCACGGCCGACCCGCAGCGCGCCUACAAGGACAUUGUGGCCGACGCGGCCUUCCCGGCCGCCCUGCGCAAGCGCAUCACGCGCGUGAUUGACGUCAACCACCUGGGCAAGAAGUUCAAGUCGUACGAGGCGCAGCGCAAGCUGUUUGCCGAGCACGACCUCUUCUUGGGCGACGACCGCAUCAUCAACCGGCUGCCCAAGGUCCUCGGCAAGACCUUUUACAAGACCACGGCGAAGCGCCCCGUGCCCGUGGUGCUGGCCAAGCGCCGCCCGCGCGGCGCCGACGGCAAGCGCGUCAAGGCGCCCAAGAAGCCCAAGAAGGCGGCGGCGACGGUCGAGGGCGACGCGGCGCUGCAGGCCGAGGACCAGGCGGCGGCGGUGGCGGCAGCCAAAGCGGGCGCGCGCACGCCGGCGCAGAUUGCGGCCGAGAUCCAAAAGGCGACGGACGCCGCUGUGGUGCACCUGGCGGCCUCGGAGAGCACGUCGGUCAAGGUGGGGCAGGCCGGGUGGCCGGCGGCACACGUGGCGGCCAACAUCGAGACGGUGGCGCGCGAGGUGGUGGGCAAGUACGUGCCGCAGCGGUGGAGCAACGUCAAGUCGAUUUUCAUAAAGGGCCCGCGCACAAUGGCGGUGCCGAUCUGGCAGACGGACGAGCUGUGGCUCGAGGGCAGCAAGGACGUGCUCAAGACGGGCUCGGCGCAGCUCAAGGCGUACGAAGAGCGGCAGGCGGCAAAGAAGGAGAAGGCCAACGUGGGCAAGAAGCGCAAGGCCGUGACGGACGGUGCCGCGGAGGCCGAGGCGGCGGCCGACGCGAAGACGGCGUCCAAAAAGGGCAAAGCGGCGGAUGCAGCGCCCAAGGAGGCCAGCCGCCCGGCCAAGAAGGCCAAGGCGGUGCCGGAGAGCAACGACAGUGGCCUGGACAAGCAGAUUGCUGCGAGCAAAGAGAAGCUGAAGAAGCAAAAGGCGGCGGCCAAGAAGGCCAUGGGCAUCUAA